GUUUCCUUGAGAGAAAUGGGGGGCCGAGAAGUGCCAACCCCUCUCUAUACUCUCUCGACCCUUCUCACAAGUCUUGUGUCACUGCAAGUCUCGUGUAUGUACGUUACAGGCAAAGCGACAGUUGCCUGUCGACUUCAAGUCAGCAAGACUGCAUGAUUUAAAAUCUGCACUUUGUCAUCAAUGGCCGUCUGUUCUAAUUUGUAUCAGAAACCCAAUUUCCUCUUGCUGCAGGACGGGUCGGGUUGGUAGCAUAAUUGGGGUUGACCCCCGCCUUUUCGUCUGGUUCCGAGUAAAAGGCACAGAGCAGGCACGUAUUUCAUAUGGCUCUCAGAGAGAGCAAUGCGCCUGCCGCGUGCUGUGGUGCUGAUGUCGCGCUCACAACCACCACGGCAGAGUUGAAUGAGACUAGCCCAGCCUAGCAGUGGUCUGUCUGUCUGCGGGUCUCAUGGAAAGUGCAGGCAUGAAGUGUGGCCACACUUGCCUGCAACUAGGUGCCUCCUUCCCCCCUUCCAUUGCCGUGCAUGUUCAGUUGUGCUUUCGCGUUGCGUUGAUCGAUAAGCUAGAGAGGGCCGGGUUGUUGUCGUGCCACCCCUCAUUGGCCCGAGCGAAUUGCUUCUUCGCCCGAAAAAGUCGGAG